GGUAGGAACGGGUUUGGGAUCUAGGGGCUGGGUAGUGAGAAUCAAGGGACCUGUGCAAUACCAUAUGUCACUCAGUGUGUGGAGAUCAUUUACCCAGACUGGGGCCUCCGGUACAGAAGAAGACCCAGCAAGAACUGGUCCAGGGGCUUGAACUCCCCACAUCUUUGUAGAGCAGAGCAUGAUCCCACUCCUGCCUCUGCUGCUAGGCCUCAGCCUGAGCUGCACUGGAGCAGGUGGCUUUGUGGCUCACGUGGAAAGCACCUGUCUAUUGGAUGAUGGUGGGACUCCAAAAGAUUUCACAUAUUGUAUCUCCUUCAACAAGGAUCUGCUGACAUGCUGGGAUCCAGAAGAAGGAAAAAUGGCCCCUUGUGAAUUCGGGACACUGAAUCCUUUGGCCAGAUACUUAUCAGAUUACCUCAACAAUCAGAAAAGUCUGCUCCAGCGUUUGCACAAUGGGCUCCAAGACUGUGCCACACACACCCAGCCCUUCUGGGAGUCACUGACCAACAGAACACGACCACCAUCUGUGCAAGUAGCUCGAAUCACUCCUUUUAAUACAAGGGAGCCUGUAAUGCUGGCCUGUUAUGUGUGGGGUUUCUAUCCUGCUGAUCUAACCAUUUCGUGGAUGAAGAAUGGGAAGCUUAUCACCCCUGACCACAGUGCCCAGAAGACUGCCCAGCCCAAUGGAGACUGGACAUAUCAGGCCCUUUCCCAUUUAGCCUUAACCCCCUCUUAUGGGGACACCUACACCUGUGUGGUGGAACACAUUGGGACUCCUGAGCCCAUCCUUCGGGACUGGACACCUGGGCUGUCCCCCAUGCAGACAGUGAAGGUUUCUGUGUCUGCUGUGACCCUGGGCUUGGGCUGCAUCCUCUUCUCUCUUGGUUUGUUCAGCUGGCAGAAGGCUAGAUCCUCCAGCUAUAUUCCUCUCCCUGGAUCCAAUUAUCCAGAAGGUCGGCACAUUUCCUAAGGCCAAAAUCUUACAACUUCCAUUUCAAGGAAGAAGGAGAUUCAAACUGUUAAUGAAGCUAUCAUGCCUCCCGACAUCUUCAGUAUCUCCUCCCCCAUUUUCUUAAGACUAAGGUUUCUCCAUUCAUUUCUUUGACUUUCCAAACUCCCCCUACAAAAACCUUAGUAACUUGGGGGAACUCAUUCCUGGGAAUACUCUGUGAUCAAAUUAUUGUCCAAGAUUAUAUUUCUGGGAUGAAUAUAAUUGAAGAGGGAGCUGAAGUCCCUCCUGAAGGCUCCACUGUGCCACAGGGCACAGUGAGCUGCUGGUGGUCAUCUCUAAAAUAAAGUGGUGGAAAUACUAGUUUUCUAUGUGUUUUUCCUGAGGCCCUAUGGAUGGAAUAUGGAAUAGGGCUAAGGCCAAGCUUCUCCUACUUGAGUGAAGGAGUCAGUGCCUUCUCCUGUUUUCCUUUUAGACAUGACAGAAUUGGUGGCAGGUUUUAAAGUUAUAAUUGAUGUGAAGAAAUUAGGCUGCUGUGAGAUGGAGUCACCAAGUAAGGAAGAGAGAGGUAUAACAGCUUAUUCAUUUUAUAGGGGGGUCUUACGAGGAUUAGAUGAGUUUAUUCCUAUAAAAGACUAAGAAAAUGCUGGCAAUGUGAUUCCACAAUAGGUGCCUUAGUGAUUAUCAGAUAGUCAACAUUCUGGGCCAGGCAUUGUGCCACAUGCUUGUGUGUGUUAUUUUCUUUGAUCUUCGUCACAAGAUGAAGAAAGUCAGGAAUCAGGAGGACAGAGCUUAACUUCACAUUUGAGUUCUAGAAAGUUAAUUUUUCCGUACCCUAAGUGGGGAUGGGAGCAUAGCUUGAGUGCAUGUCUUCAGCAGUGGGCCAAGUGCUUUGCAUCUGCAUCUCUUCUCUUCUUACAAUAACCACAUAAGGCACUGAUUGUUUCCUUCUAAGUCACAGACCAAGGAAGUAAGGUUCAGAAGAGUUAAAUAACUUGUCCAAGGUCAAAGAACAAAUUCUUUAUAGGGUGUUUGUCUACCUGAGUUGGAAGUAAGAUUAUUCUGAAGAUCCUCAUGUGAGAUUAGCCCAGCUCUCUGGAAGGUCACCCUUCCAUUCCCUUCUAUCCAAAAUCCAAGGGACACCCACCAUUGGGGGAUAGAUUUCAUCUUUUGAAGAGAGGACACCAUUUGAUGCUGUUUGUUUUCCCGUGGAGAUAACUGGUAGACAUAGAAAUUUGGGCUGUAGAAUUAUUUUUGUAAUAAGAAUUGGAAACUCAACUGCCAGGGAGGGAAAGAAACCAAGAUAUGGAAAGAAAUAAAGACAAGCACUGAAGGAGCUUAAUCUAACAGGAUUGUGGAGAGAGAAUAAGGCAUUAUGGACACAGGUUUGCAUAUGGGUAUCUAUGUAACAACUCAUAAAAUCAGGUUUUCAUGAGCUAGGGGGAAGGAAUCAGAAGACAGACUAUGUGUAGAACCUUCCUGUGGGCUCUUUCUGUAGUAGGUGUGGGUGGGGUGGUCAUGGGGCUAGAACCUUCUGUUCCUAGACUGUUUCCAUACUUACGGGGCCUAGAGAAAAAUGGGGGAACCAUUCAUCAUACAAACUUGAUGUCCAAGGUAGAUGCUCAGUGUUUUCCCAAUCAAUAUAUUGAUCACCACAUUCAUAAUUUCCCCAGACAGAUCCUGUGAUUAAAACAUCUCAUUUGGAAAGAGUUUAUGGAAGAAGUCAAUGGGGGGGAGGGGAAAUUGUUCAUGAAUUCAAAUGUUUAUUCUCUGAUCAAGACAAUAGAGGAUAGGAAGAAAUGGAGUGAUGUGUGCUUGGGAAGGUAAUUGGUAAAUGUAGGAUCAGAAAUUAAUCUCUGUAAAUUUUGCCAGUUUUAUUUUUCAUUUUUGACAAAGCAAAUUCCUUUUGAAAUUCUAGUCUAGUUUUGGGGUGGGAUUUUGAGUCUUAUCUAUUCCUGGGCAGUUUUGAAAGAGAAUCUGUACAUCUGAGGGGUCUGGUCACAGUAGUGUGGACCAAAGGAACAGGACACCAGGAGAAGGGAGGAGAGAAUCAGCUAAUUGGAUAACCUCCAUUCUCCCCCUAGAGAUUACCAGUGUAGGCUUUUCUCU